GAAUCCCAAGGUUUUCGGCGUGCAAAAUUGUUCUGAGCAUCGCGAUUCGGGAUAGUUGUGAAAUCGAUAGGAAACAUUACGCGACGGAACGAACAGUAUUUGUGUUGUGCAGGUCCAGUUAGUUGCAAAAGAUCCGAAAGAGCACGACGAUUAUUGAGUGAAGUUGGCAUCGUUCUAGAAGCAUACGUUUCUUUACCUUCUGGUUGGAUUUUCUCUCAUCCCAGGAACAUUUUGCUGAUAGUCUACCACAAAGCGACGUUGACCGUGGAAAUAGAACGGGAAAAUAUUCCUUUACAGUAACGGAGCAAAAACGAUAGUACGCGUGAGCAGUUGCGCUGUAACUGGUUGGGUUGAUUGACGCUAAAGUUCCUCGUCUGAAGCAAAGCCUCAACAUGAAUAGCUUAGUAAACCUCUUCAGUAAUUUUAAGGAGUUCUACAGUGAAAUCAAUGGAGCCACACUGACCGGUGCCAUCGAUGUGGUAGUGGUAGAGCAACCGGAUGGUUCCUUCAUGAGCUCACCGUUCCACGUGCGCUUCGGGAAACUCGGAGUGCUGCGCAGCCGUGAGAAGGUGGUCGACAUCGAGGUAAAUGGCGAGCCAGUUGAUCUGCAGAUGAAGCUCGGUGAGUCAGGUGAGGCAUUCUUCGUGGAAGAAUGCGCGGAAGACGACAGUGAAGUUCCAGCCCACAUGGCCACUUCUCCCAUUCCGAGUCACUCGUAUUUGAGCAACUAUGAGGAGAGCGUGCAGAGGAACGAUGGGUCCGGUGGGCCCAUUUUCAAAGCUUUAGAAGCCAAUGAAACAACAGGAGUCGCUGGUGAAGGAGUUGCUGCAGGGCCUACGAUUGAGAUAGGGGAGGGAGCGGUCAUGAUGAUGGUAGCAAGUCAGGCUGCGACGCGCGAGAAUGAUGGCGUUGUGGAGAAUGAAUUAAUGCCUCGAUUACGUCGCAACUCGGUUGAUCUAUCGAACGAAAAUCCCGAACUGGAACGUUCAAAGUUUGAAAACCAAAGAUCCGAAUACUGCCACCGGCGUCACACGGACAAUCUUACCAACAGGCCGGACCUGUCGCUAACAAAGAAGGAGUACACCACGCAGAAGCUGCGGCAAGAACUGAACGCUGCUGCCGAGGCUGCCGAACAGGAGCAGAUCUUCCACAUGGAAGGUUUGGACGAUGCUUCACUUGAAGCUGUGACCAGUGAACAGGUGACAAAUGUGGGCGACUGGAAAAACAGCACACCCCUUCCAUCAGCCCCCGGUGCGGCUGAUCAGUCGGUAGAGGAUAAACAUUUUAAACCAAUCGAUGCUCAACCAACCACUGUGGCCGGACCGUCUGGUCAGGCGACUGAAGUUGUCCCAGUGGUGAUGGCAGCUGCAUGUGGAGAUGGAGCAACAGACUCAAAGUCGAAAAAGAAGCGAAGGAAGAAGUCGCUGAUGAAGAAGAAAAAUACACAACGAAAAAAUUCAGCCAGCAGUAGCUCGGGCGCAGGUUCGAACCAUUCCGAUCCGAACGAAGGAACGGAAACAGACAGUCUGACGGCGUCCCAGGUCACGGUUUCGUCGGCCAGUGGUAGCUCCCUAUCGAAAGAGGGGGAGGCUACAGAGGGUGUCGAUCAGGAGGUCCCAGAUGUCAGUGGUCCUGUCAAAAAGGAGGGAAAGGAUAGUCCAACACUUGAUGGCCCUGGUAUGACGUCUAGUCAUCAUGCGGAUCUAGACAUCCAUUUCUUCAGCGAUACUGAUAUUGGAACUGGCGUUAGCCCGCAGCAGUCGCGUCCUUGCACGCCUAUUCAAAGCGAUACCGAGUUUGAAAUGUCACAGCGCGAAAAACCUGUAACGGAGGAAGAACGUCUGAUGUACGGUAACUCGUGGAACUGGGGAGAGCUCCCGACACAGGUAGAGCCAAAAGGAGGUGAUGCUGAAGCCGGCAAGCAGGCGCAGCACAACUCAAUGCUGACUGGACUGAUGAGCUUGAUGAAGUACAACAACAAGAAGAAACGCCAGAGUGUUCCGGACGGGAUUUAUCUGUCGGAGCUGGAUAAGCUGAACGAACCGGAGAUCGCCCAACUGUAUUUCCCUUCGUUUCCGAAGCUGAAACAGCAUCAGCAACAGGAUCAGCGUGGCAGUGGCGGUAGUGGCGAUGAUGAAGAUCGCGAGAGCGGUAACGGUACGUCUAUUCCGCAAAGUCCUACCUCGAUGGAAGAUGGUCCCGGCGGAAAAGAUUCCGACUUUGAUGAACGCGAGCAUGUUGCAUCGGUUGACACGAAGAGUAUGGUCGAUCAAUCGAUCGAUUCCUUUGCUCUGUCUCUCUGUGGAGGAUUAACCGGCGCAGAAGGUUCGUCGGGUCCUACCGAUGAACAGUUCGAGCGCCACCGCUUACAAUACGCAAACGUACUUGCCGAUCCUAGUGUGUUCAAGUCGCCCGACCUAGUCGUGCGUAUCAAUGGCAAGUACUAUAGUUGGGAAGUGGCCUGCCCACAGGUCAUGACCAUUCUAGCGUUCCAGUGUGGACUGCCAAACGAGAUGCUGGCUAGCGCAAAACAGAAGGAAUCGGGAAUGGGAGACGACAAAAAAGAGGAACCACUGCAGCAAACGCAGCAGCAGCAGCCGCAGCAACCGAUUGUUGCAGGACGUUGGUGGUACUGGCGACGUUCCGGCGAAGCAAAACCGGCCCCGGCUGGCACACCGCAGACACCAACCACACCAACGGCAGCUACGGAAGAGUCUGGCGAUGGUCCGGAUGGUAAAACUUCUGCCGCUGUGGGCACGCAAACAUCACGUUCGAAUUCUCCCGAAGAUGAAAACCACGAUGGAGGUAUGGAUGCAACUGUACCGACCUACAAAAAUGUAUCGAAAACUGAAGAUGGAUACAAUGGUUCCCUGUCGUCGGAAGAUUCUGAGCUGGCGUUGGACAAAUCGGUAGGUGGCAUCCUUAUCGACAACAGCAGCGAGAAGACACUGUAUCUGCUCGGUUGCGGAGAAAAGUACCGCAAGACGCUGCGUUUAUCCUCGGAGCGCAUUAAGGAGUUGAACCUUCUGGAUGGUAUGAACGAGAUUGAAUUUAGUGUAACUACUGCCUAUCAGGGGACAACGCGUUGCAAGUGCUAUUUGUUCAAGUGGAAGCACAAUGACAAGGUAGUCAUUUCCGACAUCGAUGGAACUAUAACAAAAUCGGAUGUCCUUGGUCAUAUUCUGCCGAUGGUAGGCAAAUCUUGGGAUCAGAUUGGUGUGGCGCAACUUUUCUCAAAGAUUGAGGAAAAUGGGUACAAAAUGUUGUACCUAUCUGCACGUGCCAUCGGACAGGCCAAGACAACGCGUGGCUAUCUGCAGUCCAUUCGUCAAGGUGAUGUAAAAUUGCCGGAUGGUCCUUUGCUGCUCAAUCCGACCUCGCUGAUGUCCGCUUUUCAUCGUGAGGUGAUUGAGAAAAAGCCUGAGCAAUUCAAGAUUGCCUGCCUGAAUGACAUUCGAGAUUUGUUCCCAGAACGGAAUCCAUUCUACGCCGGAUACGGUAACAGAAUCAAUGACGUUUGGGCGUACCGGGCUGUUGGUAUUCCGACGUCGAGAAUCUUCACCAUCAACCCAAAGGGAGAAUUAAAGCACGAACUAACGCAAACAUUCCAAUCGACUUAUGCAAACAUGGCUUACAUCGUCGAUCAGCUGUACCCGCCGAUCAAACACAUCGAGGAGGAAGAUAACGAAUAUACCAGCUUCAACUACUGGCGUGAGCCGGUAGCUGAGAUUGAUUUCAAUGCUUUUGACAUACCCGGACUCUCCUUGCCAUCAACCGGCUCUGCGUCGUACCCAGCCACGUUAGCUACAUCUGGUAAAAUCACUCCCACGGCAACUCUAAUUCAGCAGGCCUUGCCAACCAUUCCCGAGAACUGAAACAAACCGAAGAUGAUGGGACGAUCAUCUCCAUUUUAAGAGAUGCCAGCACCACCAGAGCACGAACAAAUCUUAAAACCAAAUCAUUUAAUCGGCUCAAAUUGUACUGGUAAAGAUAGGCAACAAAAAACAACUUCACAUUUCUUAACAGCAAAAAAGAAGAUGUUAGGAAGAGAAAAGAACAAGCUAAGCUAAGAAACCAAUGUUCGGUACAAUAAUAAUAAUAAUAUUAUUCAUACUAUAUAUUGUAAGCUUGAACAAGUGCUUUGGAAUGGUGAGGAUGCUGUUCUCCAUUCUGAUCGCGUUGCUUCCAUUUCGCUUUAGGUUGGAUUGUUUAUGUUUGACAAACAGCAAUGGUCCAAAGGAAUUGUGUAAGCAUAGUUUAAAAGAAGACCACAUACAAAGCAGAGGCUUUAGCAAAUGAGCUUGACGAAAUGAAGAUGUGACACCUGCCAGUGAAUGUUUAGUAUGUAAAAAGAUGUGGGAAAAGUAGGGAAUUAGUAUGCAAGGCAUCAGAAAAGAGACAAGAAAAGAGGUAGCAAGUUAAAGAAUGGUGCUCCUAGCAAACGAACAAGCUACUGAGAGCUAGCUGUGAUUGAAGGCAGUGACAGAACUGAACGGCAGUGUCCUACCGGGUGUGUGUGUGCUAAAAAUAUAAAAGCAGGAAUUUAGUUUAGCAAAGAUCGUACCAUGAUUGUACUCAUCGUCUCCGGUUGCACCGGUAACGAACUACAGAAGGACCGACCCUAGGAAGCUAAGCAAAAAAGAACGCAAUGUAAGAGCUUCUUGAUUCAGCAAACAUGAAACUAUCAUUCUGGUGGUUCAGUCCUGGCUGUGGUGUAAGGAGGUAAGGAUGUCAAAGCAAACAAAAGUAUGUGAUAAUUUUUUUCUAUUUAUUUGGUUUGUUCGUUUUUAGCAUUUCCUAGCAAGUUUGUUUAGUUUUAAAUUCUGAAUAGUGUCUAAUUAAUGCUGUAAUGAUAAAAGGGGGAAGUGUUGAAUUGGGCACAGCAUUAGAGAAAUGUGCGUACGCUUACGGGAUCGGAAGGAAGCGAUAAAAGACACACGGAUAGAGUUGCAAACAAAAUGAGUAGAACAAUCGGUAUUUAGUUGCAUUAUCAUGCUAAAGAGAGCACAUCAGUGUCUCGCGGGCCCAAGCUACAGGUUUGCUCAUCCCCCGUGUACCCGACCAUUUGGUUCGUGGAUUUAUUUGAUUGUAUCAAAGUUUUGGUUACCCUUUCUUUAGUAUUAAAAUAUAAUGCCAUCGGUUCGUUUAAUUGCGAAUCCGGUACAAGAUGGAUUUAUUUUAUCUGAUAGGUUAUCAAUGUAGCAAACAUUGCUAUUGCCGUGAGUGUGUUGACAAAGCAAAACGAAAUAGUGCGAGAUAGUUGCUUUAGCGUGAAAAUGUGUAGAACUGGCUGCAAAUGCAAAUAAAUCAUAACCAUCGUAAUACACUGCAUCA